AAAAAAGAAAAUGUUACAUUCAUUUUUUUACGACAAAUAUUUUAUUUUCAACUUUUUGCAAAAGUUUUUCUAAAAGUUUAAAAUAAAAAAAAAUGGAUUAUCAAUCCACCCAACAACAUACCAAACUUCAUUCCAAUCUUUACACGACAGACAUUUCUAGUCAAAGUGGUUAUGACGAUUCUUCCCAAAUAACAUAUCACUCGACACUAUCGGAAGAAACUAGACCUUAUCACUAUCACGGUCAUUCUUUAAAAGAGUCUCAAGAUGAUGAAUUGAGUCAAAUGAGAAAUUCCUUAAAUCCUACACAACAAGUAUUCGAUAUUAAGAAUAUCCCCAAAAAACGAGAUGAUCAAACUUAUGCGAAAGGUUGGGAUUCGUUCGCUACACGCUUAUGGGGCCGCUUACCUAAAGGUCCAAAAGUCGGAAGCACAACGUUAGCCUAUGGUAUUACAAAUCUACUUGGAAUUGAUACAAUAGAAGAAGCUGAAGAGCCUUUUAUUCCGUGUCACACACAAACCAUGUCUGCAUUGCAAUCGGAACCUGUCAAGCUGUCUGAAAAAGAAUUGAUACCAAAUUUCUCACUGAAUUUUGACAAAAAGCCAUUUUCGACGAAUGAUGACAAUAUUUCAAGUCACUCGGUAAAAUCUCUUGAUAAUAUUGAUACAGAUGAAGUAACUGAACUACGUCAAAUGCUCAAGGUCAAUCAAAAAGCUUUUUCUAAAGCUAUCAAGGAUCAAACCAAGCUUAUUCAUAAGCUGCAAAAGGAACAAGAAAACCUAUUGGAAACGUUACGCAUAACUAAUAACGAACGGGAAGAACAAGAAAAUCUCUUAUCCAAUCUUAAUAUAAGUUUAAAUCAAUCAUCACAACAAGUUGAAAUUUUGAAAUCGAAACUUUUGCAUUACAAGCAUGUUUUCCGACGUCGUGAUUUCCCGCCCAUUUCUUCCCCAUCGCAAUUAUGUAUACCGGAUGUUGCUCCUUUUGAGGUGGAACAGGUAGUUGGAGAAAGCCGUGUUCGUGUUCAAAUUGAAUUAGCCAUAACGAUUUCCGGUGACUUAUAUCUGAUGAUUGACGGGUACAAAAAGAAACGAUUUCUUAAUACUUCUCACAUUAUCGAAAUGAAUUUGAAUCUUGAAAACGGUCUAUCAUGCGUCGAGUUUUUUCUUGUCACCGUGACUAAAGGAUCUUUUUUGUUUAUCGUGGACACGGAACAUGCUUUAAAAGAAUGCCUUAAAUUGUUUCAAUCCAAUAUCUAUUUAAAAAAUAUCAUCAAGCAAAAAUUGCGUACAUGCAGAACAAUUGAUAAACCGGCUUUCCUAACAUCUCAACUUGAAGAUUUUUUUGGUUUGUCCACAUGUUUUUCUAGUGAAAAAGUUGACCCAGGUAGUAACAUAACAAAAGAAAAUCCUAGAACAAAACAAUUCGUUUCCAAGAUUUCUAAUUUAUCUAGUCACAUUCCUAAGGACGUACAAGAUCAAAAUAAUGUUUCGCAACAUGAUGCAGGUUUCAACGCUUUACAAUCACCUAGAUUUCCUUCUAAUGCACACUUUUUAAACAAGCACAACUCUUUUUUCAAGCAAUAUCAGUCGUAUAGAAAUAAUGAACCUGAGGAUUUUUUUAAAAAAGAACCGCACAAAGAACCAUUACAAAAAGCUGUAUUUUAUUUGUGCUAUUUCAUGUUUUUCUGUCAUCAUGAAAGCAAGACGGACGUUAACAAGGAGGCUCAGCUCGUCUCCCAAAUUUUUAAGUCACCUGGAAAGGAACAACAAUUCAACGUAAUGGGUCCAUUAGUGAGUUCAUGUGAAACAAUUCUCAAUAAAAACGUUGACAUGAACAAAUCUUCCCUCAACCAUCUUCACCAAGAUAUGAAUCAACGCAGAGUUUCAAAACUUUUAUGGCUUAAUGAAAUGACUUCUUGCGACUCCAAAGAUGACGGAACAAUCACGGCGAGAUCAAAAACGCAAGAGAAUCUUGACCUUAUUUUACGAUUUGAAAACUCUUGUUUAGAAGAAAAAGCGGCUUCUCCAACCCCAAAAGACGAGUGGGAAAAAAAAAUCCCUUUAAAAAUUUUGGAGGAAGAACUCAAUCAUAGAGUCACUCUUCAAUCAUCUAAAAGUAGUGACUUGCUCACAGAUUCCACAGAUAAAACAUACAAUUAUGCAGCUUUCUUAUUGACUGAGAAUGAAAACGAUUAAACACUUAGUGUAUCACAUUUCGAAAAUUGUAAAGCACCAAUUUAUUAAAACUAAAACAAGUCCUUUUUUUUCCUCAAACUUGGCUAAUCAAAACAAUAAUGACUAGAGAAAGGCUUAAGAAAAGAAUUUAUUGCAAGGACUACUCCAUUUAUAAACAACUUUUGAAUUUUGAAACUGUUUGUAGGAUAAAGAAGAACCUAUCUUUUUUUGAAUGCUUCGUCUGUUUCAACACGUUUUUUAAAAUAUAUUAACAAAAUAAAUGUGUGAACUGUUGAAAGUUUUCUAAAUAACCCUAUUGCA